AUGGCUGAGCCUGGCCACAGCCUCCAUCCCUCUGCCAGAGGCAGGGGAAGAACUGAGCCGCGCACACUCCGGCUUCUGCGGCUGCUACUCUGGGUUGGGACCGCCUUCCAGGUGACUCAGGGAGCGGGACCGGAGCUUCACUCCUGCAAAGAGUCUGAGUACCACUAUGAGUACACCGCGUGUGACAGCACAGGUUCCAGGUGGAGGGUCGCCGUGCCGCACACCCCAGGCCUGUGUACCAGCCUCCCCGACCCCGUCAAGGGCACCGAGUGCUCCUUCUCUUGCAAAGCCGGGGAGUUUCUGGACAUGAAGGACCAGUCGUGUAAGCCGUGUGCUGAGGGCCGCUACUCCCUUGGCACAGGCAUCCGGUUCGAUGAGUGGGAUGAACUGCCCCAUGGCUUUGCCAGCCUGUCAACCAACAUGGAGAUUGAGGACAGCACCUUGGAGUCCACCGAAAACUGUACUUUGUCCAAGUGGGUUCCACUGGGAGACUAUAUCGCCUCCAACACAGACGAGUGCACGGCCACGCUGAUGUAUGCCGUCAACCUGAAGCAGUCUGGCACUGUUAACUUUGAAUACUACUACCCAGACUCCAGCAUCAUCUUCGAGUUUUUUGUUCAGAAUGACCAGUGCCAGCCCAAUGCAGAUGACUCCAGGUGGAUGAAAACCACAGAGAGAGGAUGGGAAUUUCACAGUGUCGAGCUAAAUCGAGGCAACAACGUCCUCUACUGGAGAACCACAGCCUUCUCAGUGUGGUCCAAAGUCUCCAAGCCCGUGCUGGUGAGAAACAUUGCCAUAACAGGGGUGGCCUACACUUCAGAAUGCUUCCCCUGCAAACCUGGCACGUACGCAGACCAGCAGGGCUCCUCUUCCUGCAAACUAUGCCCAGCCAAUUUUUAUUCCAAUAAGGGAGAAACUUCCUGCCACCAGUGUGACCCUGACAAAUAUUCAGAGAAAGGAUCCUCCACCUGCAAAGCACGGCCAGCCUGCACAGAUAAAGAUUACUUCUACACUCACACGGCCUGUGAUGCCAAUGGAGAGACGCAGCUCAUGUACAAAUGGGCCCAGCCAAAAAUCUGCGGCGAGGAUCUGGAGGGCGCAGUGAAGCUGCCCGCCUCUGGCAUGAAGACCAGCUGCCCACCCUGCAACCCAGGCUUCUUCAAGACCAACAGUAGCACCUGCGAGCCCUGUCCUUAUGGCUCUUACUCCAACGGCUCCGAUUGUAGCCACUGCCCAGCAGGGACCGAACCUGCUGUGGGAUUUGAAUACAAAUGGUGGAACACGCUGCCCACGAACAUGGAGACGACCGUCCUCAGCGGGAUCAACUUUGAGUACAAGGGCAUGACAGGCUGGGAGGUGGCCGGUGAUCACAUUUAUUCAGCUGUUGGAGCUUCAGACAAUGACUUCAUGAUUCUCACCCUGGUCGUGCCAGGAUUCAGACCUCCACAGUCAGUGAUGGCAGACACAGAGAACAAAGAGGUGGCCAGGAUCACGUUUGUCUUUGAGACCAUCUGUUCUGUGAACUGCGAGCUCUACUUCAUGGUGGGUGUGAAUUCUAGGACCAACAGUCCCGUGGAGACGUGGAAAGGUUCUAAAGGCAAACAGUCCUAUACCUACAUCAUCGAGGAGAAUGCUACCAUGAGCUUCACCUGGGCCUUCCAGAGGACAACUUUCCAUGAGACAGGAAGAAAGUAUACCAGUGAUGUCGCCAAGAUCUACUCCAUCAACGUCACCAAUGUCAUGGACGGGGUGGCUUCCUACUGCCGUCCGUGUGCCCUGGAAGCCUCUGACAUGGGCUCCUCAUGCACCUCUUGUCCUGCUGGCUACUAUAUUGAUCGGGAUUCAGGAACUUGCCACUCCUGUCCUCCUAACACGAUCCUGAAAGCCCACCAGCCUUAUGGUGCUCAGGCCUGCAUGCCCUGUGGUCCAGGGACCAGGAGCAACAAGAUACACUCUCUGUGCUACAGCGACUGCACCUUCUCAGUCAGCACUCCAACCAGGACUUUCGAGUACAACUUCUCGGCUUUGGAAAAGACCAUCUCUCUGGCUGGAGGGCCAAGCUUCACUUCCAAAGGACUGAAAUACUUCCACCACUUUACCCUCAGUCUCUGCGGAAAUCAGGGUAAGAAAAUGUCUGUGUGCACUGACAAUGUCACCGACCUCCGGAUCCCCGAGGGUGAGUCCGGUUUCUCCAAACCCAUCACAGCCUACGUGUGCCAGGCGGUCAUCAUUCCCCCAGAGGUGACAGGCUACAAGGCCGGGGUGUCCUCGCAGCCUGUCAGCCUCGCAGACCGGCUUAUCGGGGUGACAACAGAUAUGAUUCUGGAUGGCAUCACCUCCCCAGCUGAACUUUUCCACCCGGAGUCCCUGGGAAUACCGGACGUGAUCUUCUUUUAUAGGUCCAAUGAUGUGACCCAGUCUUGCAGCUCUGGGAGGUCAACCACCAUCCGAGUCAGAUGCAGCCCCCUCAAGCCUGCUCCUGGAAGUCUGUCACUGCCAAGCAAGUGCUCCGAUGGGACCUGUGAUGGCUGUAACUUCCACUUCCUGUGGGAGAGCGUGGCCGCUUGCCCCCUCUGCUCAACUGCCGAUUACCAUGCUAUCGUCAGCAGCUGCGUGGCUGGCAUCCAGAAGACUACUUACGUGUGGCGAGAACCAAAGCUGUGCUCUGGUGGCAUCUCCCUGCCUGAGCAGAGAGUCACCAUCUGCAAAACAAUAGACUUCUGGCUGAAAGUGGGCAUCUCCGCAGGCACCUGCACCGCCAUCCUGCUCACCGUCUUGACCUGCUACUUUUGGAAAAAGAAUCAAAAGCUAGAGUACAAGUACUCCAAGCUGGUGAUGAAUGCUACCCUCAAGGACUGUGACCUGCCAGCCGCUGACAGCUGUGCCAUCAUGGAAGGCGAGGAUGUGGAGGAUGACCUCAUCUUUACCAGCAAAAAGUCACUCUUUGGGAAGAUCAAAUCAUUUACCUCCAAGAGGACUCCUGAUGGGUUUGACUCGGUGCCACUGAAGACAUCCUCAGGAGGCCCAGACAUGGACCUGUGA